AAAAAACAGACGGAGCUACCAUCGUUGGCACCAAACACUUCAAAUCCCGACAUGCACUCGGACGUUUGCCUCAUGACGUCACUUCCCUAAACAGAGACUGGCUGGCUGCGGCAGACUGAUUUUGAUUAGAAAGACGUUGGGUUACUAGGGCUCGGCGUGUUUAUGCUACAAAACACAGCUUAUGAGCUCAGCUAGCUGCCUGAGUCAUUCAGUUUAUCUAGAUUCGUCACACGUUUUUAGUCAGUUGUUUUCUGACAUGUCCUCAUGUUAGAUACAAUUUUCUCUAGCGUUAUGUCAAAUGCUGAUAAAUUUGAAAAAGAGAAAAACAAGACGCUAACAAUUUAGAUUUUAUUUUGCAACCAACAGAAGAUCUUUGGGUUUCUCAUCAAAUGUGACAGUUGCAAGGGUACCAUUCUUUGAAACUCCUCGACAAACAACACCCAUUCUUUGAAACUCCUCGACAAACAACAGACGUUGUAAGGAACUGAUACAUGAUUUGCUGAACAUAAUUCUAGUGCAUUUUUGAAUUAGUAAUGGAUGGAAACACACCACAAGAUUUCAAGGAAUCUAAUCCUAGCAAGGACACUUUGGAAAAUUCCAGUGAUACAAGGAGUGGCGAUAGUAACUUGGACUCCUCGGAGCAAUCAGUAAGGAAGAGAGUCAGGCAAAGAACUCCCAGUCCACACAGCAGCUCAUCAUCUUGGUCAAGUUCCCCGAGAUAUGUGUCAGUGGAGGAACUUUUGGAAACUGCUAAAGGUGUCACCAACAUGGCUCUAGCUCAUGAGAUUGUAUUGAAUGGAGGAUUUCAGCUAAAGCGAUCUGAGCCAGUAGGCAGCUUGGAAAAGAGAGUGAGAGAGAUUGUCCACAAAGCAUUUUGGGACAGCUUGGAAACCCAACUGAGUGAAAAUCCUCCCACUUAUGACCAUGCUAUUAAACUUCUUGGAGAAAUAAAAGAGACUCUUCUGUCAUUUUUACUGCCUGGUCACAACAGACUGAGAAACCAGAUUAAUGAAGUGCUAGACCUGGAGCUGAUAAAACAAGAAGCAGAGAAUGGUGCUCUCGGCAUCAACAAAGUUGCAGAGUUUAUUAUUGAUAUGAUGGGAACGCUGUGUGCUCCUGCACGAGAUGAGGAAGUUGGGAGACUCAGAAAUAUAACUUCAGUUGUUCCUUUAUUCAAGGAAAUCUUUUCUGUGUUGGACUUAAUGAAGAUCGAUAUGGCUAACUUUGCCAUAAGCAGCAUUAGACCACAUUUAAUGCAGCAAUCUAUUGAAUAUGAAAGAAUGAAAUUCCAGGAAUUUAUUGAAAAACAGCCCAAUGCUUUGGAUUGUACCCAGAAAUGGAUUGAAGAGGCGCUAAAUGACCUCAUCAGUUCCGAAGUGGAAACUACGUCCUCUGCAAGUAGAGCUGAAAAUGUCCUUCCUGCAGUAAGUUCUUCAGCAGUGCUAAAUUGGGCAUAUCUUAAGCUGCUCAAAUGGGACCAUUUGAAAACACCUUUCCCAGAGACUCUCUUGAUGGAUGAAACUCGGUUUCAGGAAAUGCAGUUACAGCUUGACCAGCUGACAUUAAUUGUGGCCAUCCUUCUGAUUACUUAUAACAUAGCUGGUACAGAACUAUCUGGCUUGCCAGGGUUUGCUGAAAAACUAAAAGAGAUCCUGAAAGUGCUGCUGACAGGGAUGCACAUGCCCUGUUUCAAUGUGAGGGAGGCAUUGGUUACCUCUGCUGAAAAGAUUUGCUUGGAGGUUAACACUUGCUUGAACCAGCAUGGAUUUUCACAUUUAUCUCCUGAUCGAGAAGCAGCACUUAAAGGGCAAAUUGAGGCUUUGAUGAAGACAGACAAUUCCAUACAUAAACUCAUAGGAUCACGCAUUCAGAGCUUCCUAAAAUGUUACAUUGAAGCCAGCUGCCAGAAGUCCAGUCCUGUUCCAGGGGGCCUUGAACCAGUUCGGAUGGAAUUAGUUGAAAUAGCUGUCAAAUUCAGUCGACUGGUCAACUACAAUAAGAUGGUAUUUAGUCCAUACUAUGAUAGAAUUCUCAGCGUCCUCAUAAAAAGCAAGCACCCAGUUUUCUCACUAAGAAAAUCUGUGGAGUAAAGCUAAAAUUUUAGUCUAUCUUAGAUUAUUCUUCAUUAGAAGAAUUAAAUUAAGUCAAAAUUCUUUUUUUUAACAUUGCACUUUCCAAAGCAACUUAUUUAUAUUUUGGAAAACGCAUUUAAAGAAAAGGGAAUACAUUACAGUAAAUCUUUAAUAUUUUAAGACAUGGUCAAUUAAUUAGUGAACAAAAUUGUGACAAGUUUCUAUACCCAAUGCAAACUGUGCAAAAAUAUUUGCAAGUUAGAUUUUUUUCUUGUUGUAAACUCAACUUAGUGGCAGUCUUUAGUCUGUGCUUUUGGUAAUAACAGUCAUGGUGUCCAACGGAGCACAUCUUUUAUUGUGACAGAAAUAACACCUUGGAACAUCUUUAUUUAGGUCUGCAUAAAGGAUGUGUGUGGGCUUAUUUUGAUUUUGUACUUUAAACACUCCACCCAUCCUCUUUCCAUAGGGGAUACAUUAUUUCAAAUGGUGGAAUUCCAUUUUAGUAUAAAAUGAGAAUUAAUGAAACGUGGACAUCUGUGUUCUCAAAGAAGAGUGAACUUUGGCUCUACACAAGUCUUUCUGGAACAUAAUAAAAUAUCUUUGGAAUAACUAUGAAAAGGACCAUUGUCACUGUGUUUAGACAGCUGCAUUUGGUGGUUGUUCUGUCCAGAAAGUUCACCAUGAUGAGCAAGUCAUAGAUCUUAUUGUCACAGCCUACCCAGUAUAUGUAAUUUCCUGCAAAUCUGCAUGUUGAAGGCUGUUCACAAGAUAGAAAUAAAGCUGAAUGUCGAGGCUGUGCCUAAUAACCAAAUUCUGGAAUUAUGUGAGAUAUGUAUCAUAAUUUUUUGUUAUGUUCCACAGUAAUUUUUUAUUUUGAUACUAUAUUUUGAAAGAUUUUGCAAAGACUGUAAAAGAAUGUAAGCAAUGUGAAGAUUAAUUAUGAUAAUACUUUU